AAAUUCGCAAUUCAAAUAACAUACGGGUUGUUAUUAUUAAAGAAAGUGUGUUUAACAUAAUGACCCUGAAUGUUACAUGACUAAUACGAACCCGUUCAGCAUAACAGCAACAACAGAACAGCAGCACUACGGACAGACGUUGCUUCUUGAUCCUUAGCCUUGCAUCAUACCCAGAUGAGUCAACAGAGGGACGGACAACCACAGACCAGGAAAAGGCUGGCAGACACACUAAGACUUCACAAGCAGCUACAGACGUUUACACGAAGCUAAACUCCAGCAGGAAACAAAAACGCAUCAGCUUUUCUGGAACAACCAGUUUCGCAGUCAGCGCUGAGAGGAAGUGGAGUUUGUUAAGACUGUUCGGGGGCCGGAACGGGAGGAAUGAGUGCGGACUUGGAGGAGCAGGAAGACGAACUGCUCGCCCUCCAGAGUAUUUUAGGUCCGGAGGAGUUUGUCCGGGAUGAGCCGAAGGCUGCCGGAGAAAUCCGAGUGUCUGUUGAGCUGUGUGCACACUUCAAUGUGGCACUGAAAGAAGAUGAAUCGCUCUUGCAGUAUGAGAUAUCAUCCCUCCCUCCUCUGCUGCUGACCUUUGAACUCCCUGAGGACUACCCGUCCUCCUCCCCUCCGUCCUUCACCCUCACCUGCAGCUGGCUAACACACACACAGCUCUCUGCACUGUGUGCUCAGCUCACUGCUCUCUACCAGGACACCGGAGGCGCUGUGGUGCUCUUCACUUGGGUACAGUUUCUUAAAGAAGAUGCCCUCAGGUUUCUGGACAUCCAUACUCUGCUCGAGUUGCCCUCUGAUGAACACAGCACCCAGAACUAUAGCCAGGACUCAUUACAAGCUCUCUCAGAACCAAAGAAGUCAGGAGACACCGAUAACCAAAGUUGUAAUGUCUCAGAUCCAUGUGAAGUAGAGCAUCCGAUGCAGAUUCCUGCUGAUGGUCGAAAUCCCUCAACCUCAGGCCAUAGCCUCACAGAUUCUAUUGUGGCAUCAGACUCCUCCAGUGCUCAUCAAAAUAAUUCACCAUCUCGCCACAGCAAAGUCAGCCAGAAUGGUGCACACUCAGGGCCUAAGGCGGAUUAUCAAGAGACCUCUCACGAUUCUGACCAAACUGCACAAGCAUCAGAUGCGAAGGAGGCUGAGUUUAAGACCAACAGCCAGAAUGAUCAGUCUUCAACUGAAGGAAAAUCAAAGCCUCCUCCAGCUGUUCAGUUUGAUCAAAGUGGCCCAGAAGGUUUCUUAAAUGGAGAGAAUGUUUUAACAUCUUUAUCGCUUCCCUCCAGCUCCUCUGGCCCGCCAGAUGACAGCGUACAAGGAGCUGCAUCUCUGCCGGUCCACCCGAGAGUAAAAGAGAAGCAAACCCUCUCUCUGACUCCGUCACAAGCUCUCCUCUCCCAGCUCCUGAUCUACGACGCGGCCCAGAAACAGAAACAGUUUGCCUCCACGGUGUUUGACUGUGGUGUGUGUUUUAUGUCCUGGCUCGGUUCAGACUGCGUGCGGUUGCACGAGUGUGGCCACAUCUUCUGCCGGAAGUGUCUCGCCCAGUUCUGUAAGCUCCAGAUCACAGAGGGGAACGUCCGGGCUGUCACCUGUCCACAGGCAGACUGCACUGCCACUCCCACACCUGCACAGGUGAAGAGCCUGGUAGGGGACGAGCUGUUCAGCCGCUAUGAUCGCCUCCUGCUGCAGAACACCCUGGACUGCAUGCCUGAUGUGGUGUACUGUCCCCGGCAGUCCUGUGGUUCGGCUGUAAUUCAGGACAAGUCCAGCACUGCGGCGAUGUGCGCUGCUUGUGGCUUUGCCUUCUGUGUCGCCUGCAGAAAGACCUACCACGGGGCAGAUGACUGUCAGAGAAAGAAGGUCAGGCCAGCACAGAAGGCCACAGAACACACAGAGCAAGCCGGUGUGGAUCUGCCACAAUCACAAGAGGGGAUGAAAGCUCUGUGGGAUGACUAUGCCGAUGGCAGUAAGGAGAGGAGGCACCUCCUGGAGAGCAGAUACAGCCGAAAGAUGCUACAGCUCACGAUGACGGAGUACCUGAGUGAGGACUGGGUACUCCUCAACAGCAAGUACUGCCCUCACUGCUUCUGGAGAAUAGAGAAGAACGAAGGAUGCAACGUAAUGUUGUGCUCUCAGUGUAGAAAGAUGUUCUGCUGGGCCUGCCUCGCCAAACUGUCCCCACCUCACGGAAGCGAACACUUUGAGGACGGCGGCUGCUCCCUCUACCAACAGCAGGAGCCUUAGUCCUUCAGCUACUCGCAUCGCCAGGCAGCGAGGGGAUGGAGUCAGCAAAAUUUUGCACACGUUCAAAUCUGCACUUUGAAAAAGAAAAAGAAAAAAAAAAGCUAUGAUGUGGAACAUGCUCUAACACUGAUCAUCUCAACAGUUUUAAUCUCUACACUAUAAACAUUGUAGUCCACAUGGUGUUUUGUUAUAAACGGGCUGACUGAGUCACAGUUUAUACAAAAAAAAAAAGCCAAAGACAUAGAAAUUCCAGAAAUCUAAAUAUUUAACAUCAUAGUGUCACUGAUUUCUGCUCUAGCUUGACAGUCAUUCACAAAAUCAUGGUUCAUGCUGCGUCAUGACCAGUAGAGGGGGCUGAAUAACAAGAACGACAAAGCUCAAACACUGUCGGGUUACUUCAUGUGAGUUCCCCUUUUGAUUCUAUCCAAAAUGCAUUUUUUUCAACAUAUACUUUAUAAUUUAUAAUUCUAAGUUAAGAUUAUUAAAUGUAAUAAAAUAACAAUAAACAAAGACAAACAAUGUGACACGUAUGUAACAUGAUCCAUGAUGAUAAAAUCAUCCAUCGUGCCUUCUUUGAAUUAAGUCUGAGCAUUCAUAUGAAAGCCAUAACUCCCAGUUACGAUCAGGGUAACCAGAGUGUGAAGGGGUUUUCCUUCUUUAGGCUAAAGGUGAUGCGGCACAGCAUGUGCUGCUUCUCUGAUGAGGCUGGGCUGUCUUCAGCAGGUUGAAGGCAUGUUGUACUCUGCAGACAGAGGGAGACUGCAGCUGACAAGUGUUUGCAUUUUCAAUCGAUCUAGCAAUUAAUACUACAAACAUGUUCUGUUUACUGUCAGAUCAGGUUGAUAAAACAAGCACAUAUUCACAUUUUAGAAACUGAAACUGGGUGAAAGAAUAAAAAGUUACUUACAUGACAAAUUGAUUAUUAAAGUUAUUGUGGUUUA